AUGGUCCUACUCGCUCUGAGAGCCAGCUACACUCAGUUUAUCCUUGAGCGCAGCCCUGAAAGGCUUUUGCCCGCCUAUGGAAUGGCCAAGACUUUUUGCGUCAGCUUUCAGCCGUGCUCUUGCGGCGAGGACAGACUUCCAAGCGCUCUGCGAGAGCCCUACGAGGUCAUCCCGAUUCUCUAUGCUUGCCUGGAGAAUGACACGGUCUGCAAGCAGAGAGAAGUUAUCGACACUCUGAAACGGUUUGGGAGCGUCGUUCAUCUACAAGCCGAUUGCCCCCAGCUUGGUGAACUUGUCGAGAAGCUGCUGAAAAUUGGCUCUCCAGAGGCGCUAUGGGCUCGGUUCAAUCUGGCUUUCAAGUCCCCGGCCGCGCUGCUUGUGCCUGUCGCCGAGCUACAACAGUUUGUGUCGGGCGAUCCCACCGUGCUUCCGUCAAUCAUCACUCUUGGUCAUCAGACCGCCGAGGCUUUCCAGCCAACAUCUACUGCUGGGGUGCUCACGCCAGUCGAUCAAAAUCUGUCCCUGCCUGCCAGCGUUCACAAUUGGACUGCGUUACAUGUUCAGCAGUGGCUUUUCGAGGGCGGGUUUGGCCAGUUUACGACCGGUUUUGCUGACAUUGACGGCGAACGUUUGUUGCAGCUCGAUCGUGCUGACCUCGUGCUGCUCGCGCAGCCACAUGCAAACACCAAAAGGUUUGUUCUGCUGCAGUUAGAUGUUGAUCGCCUCAAGCGGGAACAAGCAACGCGGGACCGUACAGUGGUAGUUGUGCAACCGUUCAAGUUCACCAUCAACAAGCCGCGGGGGCUUGUCCAGGGUCAGGCCACGCUGCGGGCCACCGCACGUUCGACUAUCAAGGUGACCCUAGAAGUGCCACUAAACAAACCAGACUGUUUUCAUGUGGUGGCCGAUCUCUCGGGCAGCUUUGAGCUUCAAGGGAAUGAAAGCGGGCUUUCCCGUCGCUGGAUCAUGGGCGGAGUUGACAUCAACGAUCCUCAAGCAAUCCUCGCCGCGAAAUCCGUUGCUUGUCACUUACAACCGUCCAUCUCAGAUGGAUUGGGAGGUCCUGAACCCUUUGCGUGGCGCAAGACAGCGACUGAGAAUUCGGUGCUGUGGAAGACGAACAACUUUUGCCCAAGCCAUUCGUUUUCGCGUGCUGGCAGCAUUUCAACGCUCACUUUAAAUUGCUUGUACACACUCCCGAAAGUCGCCAAUCCCGAAGCGCGAGUGGUCAAUCUACGGAUCAUGUUCAUUCAGCUGUUGCAUGAUGAUGAUGGCCACCGCUACCCCGUGUCCGCUGUCGAGCAGGCUCAUCACGACGGCUUUGCACUUGCCAUCAAACUGAGUGAACUUGGUCACCGGGAUUUGCGUACUUCUCGUGUCGUGUCGGUCCAGGCGUGA